GUUUCUGAACGAAUCUCAAAGAACUAAGAAGUACACGAUUUUGAGCAAACAUUUUUUUCCUGGAAAGCGGGCAUAAACCAAUUUCAUUUCCAAUAACCACUUGCGAGAUAAGCUUCAACGGCAUUAUAUAGCUCUAGACCUAAUACAACCCAAAAAUGUCUCACACAAUAUUGCUGGUUCAACCGGGGCCCAGGCCUGAGACUAGAACGUACUCGGACUACGAGAGCGUAAAUGACUGCAUGGAGGGUGUGUGCAAGAUUUAUGAAGAGCACCUAAAACGACGAAACCCUAAUACGCCGACUAUUACUUACGACAUUUCUCAACUGUUCGAUUUUGUUGAUCAGCUUGCCGAUCUGAGCUGUCUAGUGUACCAAAAAUCCACUAACACAUACGCACCGUACAACAAAGAUUGGAUCAAAGAGAAGAUAUAUGUGUUGCUGCGCCAAGCCGCCGGGCAGAGUGACUAAACCGUUUAAACUCUGAUUAUUGUAUUACUUUGUCUUUACACAUUUACGCUUCAUGAUCUGAGAUAAGUCACAAGAACCGCCACCUGCCUGCUACCAAAAUUUGGUCAGGAUCCGCAUCAUACACAGAUAAUAUGUUGCUCCGCUCGCCAUAUACAGUGCAUGUACACCUGUAUAGGUAGAAUUUUGGUGAAACUAACUCAAAAUAUUGUACCCAACAUAAAUCAUUCAUUCUUGACAAACACUUAAAACAACUAACAAAAUGAACACUAAUAGACCUAAUAGUAAAAAAAAAAACAAGUGCAGUGAUAUACACGCAUCAGCUUUCAGCUGCUAGUGUAUUAAACAAUAUAAUAAUAUAAUAAUAAUUCAUUGUUGUCGACGAAUUUAAUAUUUCGUACCUUGCCACAGUGACAAUAGUAGAGGUCCCUAGCGACUUUCAUAUUAUUGUCACUGUGACAAGGUACAAAAUGAUACUGAUUAUUAUUCACAACGACGGGACUUAUUCGCGUAAAAUAAGUCUUCUCCGAGACCACAGGGACAACGCCAUCCUCGAAACCUCGGAUGUAAACAAAAAUUAAAACUUAUUUUACACGAUUAAGUCCCGUCGUUGUGAAUAAUAAUGAAUAACAAUCAUGAAAGUUUAAAUCUAUCUAUCGUAAAAUGAUACUGAAUUUAAAUUCUUUGUACAUCACAGUGUCAAUGUUUUAUUUACUGAUCCUAUAGAAAUGUAUGAGACAAAGUAUUAAAAUAAUCAUUUUCACAAUGACCAUAUUAAUUCUCCCUAUAAUCUAACAUUAGAUUUGCAUUAGUAUUAUAUUUGCAAUUGCGACAGAUGCCAGAUACAUAAUGAAAGGCAUUAAAACACGAGUGUGGGUUUAUGAAACGAGCUGAAGGCGAGUUUCAUAAACACAUCACAUGAGUUCUUAAUGCCUAAUUAUGUACAAUGACAUACUCUGCUUUAUCUAUACAGAUAUAAGCUCUCUAUGAUGUGUUCAGGCACCGCUUGUUACGAUCGCCAUUGUGGCAUUUGACCACGUCAAGUCAACUACUAGAUUUCGAGGUAAAAUCAACGUUAUUAUUAUGCAAGAAGAACAUUUUCACAGAUAAGAAAUUUGUGUUGUAAUUUGUAUAAGAACAUUUUCACAGAUAAGAAAUUUGUACCAAGACGGUUUAUCUUUACUCUGACCAUAAUUUGCGGUUUUUGAACGCAUCAUAGAGGGUUUAUGAUGUGUCUUCUUCCUCAGGCCUUAUCCCAUUUUUAUUUGGGGUCGGCUCUCCUAAUCAAUUUUCUCCAGUUGUAUCUGUUCUGGGUCAUCGUUGGGUCUAUAUUCUUAUUCUCUAGGUCUUUCUUAACUAUGGACAUCCAUGUAAGUCGGGGUCGUCCACUCUUUUUCGGCUUUUCCACACACUCUAGCACCUUCCUAGUCAUGUGGUCCUCCGGCCUUCUCAUGACAUGACCAUACCAUCGGAGUCGUGUUUCCGUUAGCUUGUCCUGUAUGGGUCUUAUUUUGAACGAGCCUCUGAUGUAACGGUUUGUCACUUUGUCCAUGAGUGUCACUUCAGCAUGUGUGUGUAGAUAAAAUACCUUAUGCUGCAUUUCCACUAAAUAUGUGCUGUUUUCAUACAAGUGACAAAUAGCUUAAAACGUACCACAGUACAGGGUAGUCUAUCCCCUUUAUAAUUAAUACAGUUUAUUUCUCGCGCGACGGUCGCGGCGCACUUGGGCUAUGUCUACUGCUUAGCAUUAAUGCUAAUGUUGAGAUAGUGUGGAUUAUGGGGACCUUUAUUUUAAUAAGUAGUGAGUUAUUUUAUAUUGUGAAUCAUAAUAUAAAAUAAACAAGUUAAUGGGGUGUUUGUAAAAUAUAUGUAACAUUUUCAAUCAAAAGGGUACUUAUUGUCGGUUGUCAAUAAGGCGCUAUUUCCAUACAGCUUCAAUUUGAUAUCAACCUUAUUGACAAGCGACAAUGUGGUACCUUUUGGUUGAAAAUGUCACAAAUGUUGCUUAAUGUCACUGAUAUUUUUAAGUGAAAAAUCUUGCCCAGUAAAAAAAACCUACGUACCGCACUAACUUUUGUCAUGUUUCUAUCUUUAAUUGAAUUUCAUUAUAUUCCCAUGUACUUUUACAAGAACCAAUUAAUAGUAGCAUUACAGAUCUUAAAUUGUGCGAUUUUCAACCAAAAGAGUACUUAUUGUCGAUUGUUAGUAAGGCGCUAUUUCCAUAUAGCUUCAAUUAGAAAUCAACCUCAUCGACAUGCGACAACGUGGUACCUUUUGGUUGAAAACGUCACAAUUAAAGUCUGCACCGGCUGACAAAGUGUGCAAGUGCUAAUGUAAACUUCUACGUUUAUGGUGACACUCCGCACUCUGUCACUGAAGUCUGACUUUAUCUAUUGGAUGCUGGCGUUGUGUGUAUUUUCUCACUUUUACGUGCAAUUUUGCAAACAUCCUUUAACACGUUAAAUUUUCCUUGACAUUUAGAAUACGUUUACUACAAAACAUUAAUUGUCAUCUCCACAGUAAUUUUAACCCCAUCAAACGCCCUUGCGAAUGAGGGCUAACGCGUAUGAAUUCGCCGCUAGGGGCGCUAGUGUAGAUGGUGGUCUUUUCCAUAGUUCGAAAUGUCAGAUGUCACUUGUCACUUCAAUGACUGACAGUUGUUCUUUAGUCUUUUGGACCACCAUCAACAGAGGCGCCAACUGGUGAGCAAAAAAACGAUAGCCCUCAUUAAUUAAUAACCUUUCAAUUGUAAAUUACACUCCAAAUUGUCUGGGACGUAGAGUAUACGGCACAAAGCGUUUGAGGGGUUAACACUUAACUGCCCCUCGCUUUUACUAUUGACAGAAAUCAGAAAUCAUCGCAUUUAUUCGUGGUAAACUAUAACAUACAAAAAGUAUAAUAACAACAAAGAAAUCUAUCUAUCUAGCCCUUUUAUUCUGAGCUAGAGUAUGUCUCGUAGCUCAGUGUGCCGCUUGGCAAAGGCCUCCUCUAGCUCUUUCCAUUGAGGUCUGUCGUGGGCCACUAUUCUCCAGUUCGGGCAAUAAAGAAAUAUAAAAUAAUUAGUUUACCACGAAAUGGUCCCGCCUCAGCAUAAUGCUAACCCAUAUGACACGGAUCGAUACGUCCGUGCAUUACAAGUUAUGCACAAAUGUAUAGUGCCAUCAUUGACGUAUUAUCUAAGGACGGGCCUUACGGGCAAUCAUGGGCAAUAAGAAUGGGGCCCGUACAUUGGUGUGCUACGAGAUUUAAAAACACAGUCAAGAUUUUUUUCCAAAACCAUGCCUUCUAGAUUACUGAAUAUUUAUCGUUAAACAAUAUGUUAAUGGGGUUGGCAACUGUCAAAGGUUUGCAGAGAUGGCGCCAUCAUAGCUUGCCCCUUUUUCUAUGAGAUUUGGCUUAAAGGGCUGGCAUCUAGGGCAUUAAAAACAAAAAAAUUACACAAUUCUAGUUAUUGACAGGGCAAGCUAUGCUGGCGCCAUCUGCUUAACACUUCGACCGGCCGACCCCAUUGACGCAAACUGUAAAUCUUAGAUUCUUAUUAUUAUUAAGCGUAUUUACCUUGUGUAAAUCCAUAAUGCUCUCUCUAUUAGUAUAAUAUUGUAUGAAAUGUUGACUUACCAUGUAAUGAUCAUAUUACGUUAUAGUUAACGAAUAAACUAAACAACGCGAUUGGUGGAUGAGUUCGCAUCACGCGCGCAAUUCGUCGAAAUUAGCGCGCGCGUUAGACAGCACGAUUGGCUCGAAUGAGGGCUAACGCGUAUGAAUUCGCCGCUAGGGGCGCUAGUGUAGAUGGUGGUCUUUUCCAUAGUUCGAAAUGUCACUUGUCACUUCAUUGACUGACAGCUUUUCUAUAGUCUUUUGGACCACCAUCAACAGAGGCGCCAACUGGUGAGCAAAAAAACGAUAGCCCUCAUUCGUGAGGCACAACGCUGUAAUAGCACCAUUCUUAUGGCCGUAACACACCGUUGCACAAUGACCUUGGUGCGGUGCGAUGGUGUGGUACGACCAUUAGUGCCCGUAAAGCGCGCUCAAGAACGCGAAUGGAGUCGAUUUCGCUGAUUAGCGAACUAGACUCCACACUUACGUUCGCGGCUUCGCGCCGCAAUUCGCGCACGAGUGUGGAGGGCCCUUAAGGCCCUUGGAGGACCAACGGAGACUCCUUAACAUUUACAACUUUCGCGUUUUGAACACAUAAUAAAUCACAUUUACAAUCGGGUCUAUCGCGAAUUUAUAUUGACACCUUUUUUUUGGAGACGCCUUAUCUGUAAUUUGCUGGACAAAAAUUCUGCCAAUUUUUCAGAUAAACUUCAGUCCAUACAUUGUGUAUGACCGUUUACCGACUAUUUUCGACAGGGGGAACGCCUGUUAAUGGCUACUCCGUUUGGUUAUAUCCUCUACGGUAAGGCCCGUCCUCAGAUAUACGCAUAGACAUAGUAUAUACAAGUAAUUAUAGACAUGGAACCGAGCAACCAGGGGUAAGAGAAAGACAUAUUCAUGUAUUGACAGUUUCGUGUAUGGCACAUAAUCUUUUUUCUCUUUUACUCUUAUAAAUUUCGGUAUUUCGCCAUCGCCUUGCUAUGAUGCCAUAACGCGACCAUGAAAAAAUGCCCGGUCGGUGAUAAAGACAAAAAAUGGCACUAUUUUCUCUUUCCUCUUAUAGGAAUCGCAAUAAGACUAUCUUUCUCUAUCAAAGAGUGUCAGGCCCUUGCAUGUAAUACACGCACAGUGAAAGUGUUAAUUAGCUUACUAUAAUCUAAAUUUUGUAUUGAAUUGCAAUGGUGUGUGUGAUUAACGUUUUCUAUGUACCACGAAUCGUGUAUAUCUUUGGAAAUUUGUAGGAUACGGCAUGGCAAAGAGAAUUAAGAAGACAUAGAUUUUUUAUUCGAAAUAAAAAUAUUGAAUAGAAUUGAAUAGAGUGCUCACUCCAUACAUCAGUUUUGUUACCAAAAAGACUUCUACACCUAGCGUCAAGUAGCGGAACUAUCAGUACUCCUACGCGACACUAGAUGUCACAUGUGUCGCGACUGGCGAAAAGUGUAUAGGGAGUAGCGACCGUGCGCGUUGGAGGGUCUGCCAUCUUGUGGCCUGAAUCGGAACCAUAAACAUGUAUAUCACAUGUACAUUGACACUUCACGCCAAAGCAAGUGCUGCCAUCUUGUGGGCUACUUUGAAAGCAUAAACUACACAUUUACGCCUCGCGCCAAAAAUCUGACGUCUCCUGUGCUGCCCCCUACAGUUUAUGCACGCUCCCUAUUCUCAACAAUUUAUAACUAAUAUUAUAAGCAGGAGUUGAAAAUAGAGUUCCGGUUAAUCCGGUUAUAAUAUUAGCUGAAAAUCGUUGACCAUUAGACUUUCCGUUCGUCGCGACAUCUAUUGUCGAAUAGCAGUACUGAGAGUUCCGCUACUUGACGCUAGCUAACAAAACCGAUGUAUGGAGUGAACACUAUGUUACUGUAUGUUAAUUCUCUUUGAUUAUUAUACAAUUAAAAUCAUUAUUAAUAAAAUAAUCUGAAUUUCUGGUGGUAAUGGAGAUGACAGUUCAGCAGUCUUUUUAUAAUUACAAAUUAUUUAAUAUUGUCUUCGGUUACCGCGAUAGUUACUCAUGAAAUAAAACUCAAAUUCAUAGUUUUACAAAUUAUUUGUAAAAGAUAUUUCAUUGUAACUGAAUUACUUUGAUAGUACAUUAAUAUGUUGAUUCUAUAUUUAAGUUUAAUGGUACUUUAAGUAUUAAUGCUAAGAUUAAAAAAUUUCGAGAUA